AUGCCGGACUCUUCAGAUUCGUCAUCGGCCAGAUCAUCACGUCAUAAGGACAAGAAACGAAGCAGGAGAGACCGAAAACUUCGCCGACUGCAGAAACAGGUCGACAAGUUGGUCCGCCGAGAAAGGAAAGGAAACGGUCUCCCUCAUCAUCGUCUGAUGACUCAUCCCAGACAAAAUCAACAAAAUUCAUCCAAUGAUAACUGUAAUAUUUUGCCGGCUGGAAGUGGUUCAUCCAAGUGUGACACUUAUUCCAACCGAGGAAACGGACCAGAUGAUGAUGUCCUUGUCUUAAAUGCGCUGGACUCUGAGACAGCAGCCCUUUUAGGUGACUUACCUAAACCUGUGGCUAAGAUGGGGCCGAGCCUUCAUCCCCAAAUAACUGAGCGAUGGAAUGCUAUCGCAAAAUCUGGACUAAGUAAAGAGGAACGCGACAAGCUCCUCGACAAAUAUCCUAUCCCAGAAGGAAUGAUUAUUGCCGGGGCCAAGAUUAACCCCGAAUUAACAUCGGCUAUACCGGAUGUCGUUAAAAUUAAGGAUGACAGCCUUCGCCGUAUUCAGGACCAUAUUGCCACAGCCUCCGCGGCUAUUGGCAAUGUACUCGGCAGCAUCUUGGACGAUAAGAUGGAAAUCACUCGUCAUGAUCUAAUUUCAAAGAUAAGUGAUGCCGGCAGAUACCUCCUCGGCACCCAGUAUGCCCUUUCCACAUACAGGAGGAAGCAAGUCGCUGCUAACAUUAAGGACCCGACUAUGACCCGAGUCCUAAAUGACUCCGAGGUUUACCCUUUCUUGUUUGGUACUGAUUUAUCUAAUGAAAUCAAAAGGGUUAAGUCAUUAACUAAGGUUGGUAAUGAGAUUGCUCAUAAACCUGGUUCUGACAAUUCAAAACAAGAUCAACCCAAGGACAACAAGAAGUCUGGUCACCACCGCACGGCUUCUUUAAACUCUUCACGACCGCUCCCGAGCUCGGGCGUGGGAAAGAAAGUAUUGUCCAUCAUAAAUGGAUACAAAUUACCUUUUAAGACCAUUCCCAAUCCAACAUUCCUUUCUAAUAAGGAAGUUUCCAUUCAGGAGACGAAUGAUAUUGACACUUCUAUUCGCGAACUAAUCCAAUUAGGCGCAAUAGAGAGAUGCAAUAACGAUCCUAACCAAUUUGUAUCUCCAAUAUUUUUGGUUCCUAAACCAGACGGCUCGAAGAGAUUUAUCAUUAAUUUGAAACAUCUUAAUGAGUACCUACAAUACUCCAAGUUCAAGAUGGAGGAUCUUAGGUCUGCAAUUCGUUUAAUGGAAAACGACUGCUACAUGACCACCAUUGAUCUUAAAAACGCAUAUUAUCUAAUAAGCGUAUCAAGAUCUGAUCGUAAAUUCUUACGAUUUAGUUGGAAAGGCGAAUUAUACCAAUUCAAUUGCCUUUGUUUUGGCUUAAGUUCAGCUCCUAGAACUUUUACCAAGAUUUUACGACCAGUCAUGCGUUAUCUCCGCAUUUCUGGCAUAAGGAAUGUCAUCUACUUGGAUGACCUCCUUACGAUUGGAAACAGUUACGAAAACUGCUUGUUAUCCACUUCCACCACAAUCAGGAUUUUAGAAAAGCUAGGAUUUAUCAUUAAUUAUGAUAAAUCCAAGUUGAUCCCGUCAAAAUCUCAAAGAUUUUUGGGAUUUAUUCUCAACUCUUCCAACAUGACUGUUGAAUUGCCGAGGGAAAAAGCCAUGCAUACAAUUCAUCUUUGUAAGAGGCUUCUUGACAAAAAUACUUGCACAGUUCAACAACUAGCAGAAUUUACAGGCACACUUGUUGCCUGUUUCCCUGCAAUAAGAUAUGGUCCUUUGUACACCAAACUAUUUGAGAGUACAAAAUUCCUAACUCUGCUUCAGAUGGGAACUGAUUGCAAAUCGCAAGUUAUAUUAAACAAAUACAUCCACGAGGAUGUUAAAUGGUGGUUAACCUCAUUAACCAAUCCAAUCUCUCCAAUCAGAACGGAUGUAAUAAACUAUGAGUAUAUUACUGAUGCGUCAUUAUCUGGUUGGGGAGCACAUUGCAAUGGAGUUACAAUUAGCGGCUUAUGGGACGGAGAUGACAAGAAGUUGUCCAUAAAUUACCUCGAGCUUAAAGCUGCAUGGUAUGGACUUCGCAGUUUUGGCAAGUCCUGGUCUAAUGGCACUAUCUUGCUAAGAAUAGACAAUACCACCGCAUUGAGUAAUAUAAAUAAAAUGGGUAGUAUUCAGUUUCCCCAUUUUAUGAAGCUCACAAGAUUAAUUUGGAAUUUCUGUGAGUCAAGAAAUCUUUGGCUUGUUGCGUCAUAUAUCCGCUCCAAGGACAAUGACAUCGCAGAUUUCUACUCCAGGGUCACUCAAACUGACACUGAAUGGAGUCUGUCAUCUAAAGCAUUUAAUAAGAUGACCACUAAGUUUGGAUCACCCAGCAUUGAUCUUUUUGCAACUCUUCAGAAUGCAAAAUGUUCAAUUUAUGUUUCCUGGAAACCUGACCCUUUCGCAUACAAUAUUGAUGCUUUUACUUUAAGUUGGACCGAUUUAAAUUUUUACGCAUUUCCUCCCUUCAGUAUGAUACUACGGGUUUUGCGAAAAAUUAAGACAGACCAAGCCACUGGCUUAGUCGUCGUUCCCCAUUGGGAGUGUCAACCUUGGUUUCCACUAUUCAAAUCCAUGCUGGUCCUAGAACCAAUAUUAUUUGAACCUAACAAAUUUCUUUUACAAUUUGGUAGUUCUCCCCAUCCUUUGUGCCAUUCACUUUCACUGAUGGCAGGAGUCUUGUCAGGGAAGCGCUCAAGUCACGAGGACUCGAGGAUUCUGCUGACACCAUCAUCAACUCACUCUCAAAUUCGACCUGGAAACAAUACGAAUCUUCCCUCAGAUGUUGGUCAAAAUUUACCAAUCAACGACAACUUUCCAUCUUUAUAA